AUGUCGUCUGUUGAGAAAUUAAUUCCAGAAAAUGGCUUCUCAGCAGCAAGGAGCCUCUCUCUUGGGAGAGCAGCUAGCGAGCAAGCUGGUUCCCCAAGGCUGCUGUCUUGUCACCGCCGCCUGCCACGGAUGCAUCUCGCGAGGGUGCUCUCCGCCACGUGUCGCAAUGCGGUGAAGCAGCGCGGCACCUUGGCGGUAGGACCGUCGCUGCCCGUAGCACUGCAGCAGCAGCAACUGCGGCAGCAAAGCGGGCAGCCGAGCGGGCAGCCGAGCGGGCAGCAGAGCGGCCUCGCGGAUUUCUUCGAACAAGGUCGCACGCCCGACGCGCCCGUCACCACCGGGCGCGGGUGGCAGGCGUGGGAGCUGCGGCACAAGUCAUUCGAGGAUCUACACGCGCUGUGGUACGUGCUGCUCAAGGAGAAGAAUCUGCUCUACUCGCAGAAGCAGAUGCUGCAGUCGCAGGGCCGCCGCAUGGUGCAGCCUCAUCGCAUCCGCCUCGUGAAGGCAUCCAUGUGUAGAAUAAAGCAAGUGCUGACGGAGAGAGCACUUGCUGUAGAGGACCCCGAUAAGAGAUGCCGUCGUUCCGACGCCUCGCUGUUGCUACGAUCGGCUAGCCGAGUCGCACCCAGCCUGGUCGCCGUCUCCUCUUUCCCCGCGCCGUUCCCUCGUUACCCCCGCUUUGCCUUUCCGCCGCUCCUCCCCGUCCAGCCGCCCUGCUCCCUCCGCCUCGUCCGCGCACAGGGGGAGCGCUCGAUGGCGGCGCAGCGGGCGCCGCCGACUUUCCGUCUGCGCGCGUAUUACGGGAUCGACUUCCCGGGGAAGGUGGCGGUGCUGGUGGCGCAAUCGCUGCUCUCAUUCGCCCUCUCCGCAACCCUCUUUGGGCGCUACGCUGCUGCUGUGGCGCUCGUUCGGCGCCUCUGGCCGCUGCUGCCGGCGCAGAUCGCCAGUUUUCUCGUGGGUUUCUCAGCAGCCUUCGCGCUCCUCCUCGCCUUCGCCUAUUCCCUCACGCUCUCCGCCAACCUCCGCACUUCCCUGCUCCUCCGCCCCCGCCUCGCCCGCCACAUGCUCGCGCUCGUGCCCGCCUGGCAACCGGUCCGCACCGCUCUGGACCUGGGGAGCGGCCGUGGCGUGCUGCUAGCAAGCCUGGGGCUGCAACUACUGGAGUGUGGCGGGGAGGGCCGGGCCAUUGGUGGGAGCAGUGGGAAGCACGUGCGGCACAGAAGGGCAGAUAAAGCCAAAGCAGGCCACCCAGGCAGGAAUCCAGCCGGAGCCACUUCCCCUUCCCCUGCUGCUCCUGCUGUUCCAGCCAGCGGCCUAGCUGCAAUCUCAGCGCCAGCAGUGGGGAGCAUGGCAGGGGCGUUGAGAGCAGCAGCGAGGGAGGGCGUGGGGGCGCUCGUGACAUGCAAGACAGGCGCCUUUGACCGCCUGCCCUUCCCCGAUGCUUACUUCGAUGUCGUUGUCUCCGCUCUUCGCCUGCAUGCCAUCGCUUCGGUGCUAGAAGACACAGACCCUCAAGCAGCAGAGAGGGAGAGGCAAAGGGUGCUGCAGCAGGUGGUGAGAGUGCUGAAACCAGGGGGAAGGGUGGUAGUGUGGGAUGUCAUGCACGUGCCUGCCUAUGCAGAAUAUUUUAGCUCAUGA